AUACACAGCUCAGAUUUAUUGCCUUUUCACCCCAAAGUACAACUCUGAGAACUGUCUUACAGUGGGACGUUUGAAGAGUCAAGACUUUUUCUUUAAAGUUAAAGAGGGAUAUUGAAAAUGUCUGAUUUAUCUGAUACCGAUCGAGAACGUAUCGGGAAACUAUUCAGCGAUUUAGAUAUAGAUAAAGACGGUCGUAUCAGUGUCGCUGAACUCAGUCGUGUCAUAAAAGGAAGCAAAGAUGAAACAGAUACUAAAAACAAAACAGCUAAAAAAAUUAUGACCAAAGGAGAUACGGACAAAGACGAAACACUUACAUUUCAAGAGUUUAUUUCUUACAUUCAUGACACUGAAACUCAUUUGAAACUCGCAUUUAAAGAAAUUGAUCAGAACAGUGAUGAUCGAAUAGACGCUAGCGAAAUCCAGUCAGCCAUGAAGAAACUUGGUGCUAAUGUGAGCGAAGCUGAUGCACAAAAGUUGCUUAAGCGUAUAGAUAAGGACGGUUCCUUAGACAUUGAUUAUAAAGAAUGGAGAGACUUUUUGCUAUUUAGCGGGACUUCAAAGAUUGAUGAAAUAUUUAGAUAUUGGAGACAUGCAUCAGCCAUUGACAUAGGUGAAAAUAUGUGUGUUCCGGAUGAUUUCACAGAAGAAGAAAAGAAGUCUGGAGAUGCUUGGAAAACAUUGGUCUCAGGAGGUAUUGCUGGUUGCAUCUCUAGAACUGUAACAGCGCCUUUGGACCGCAUUAAAUUAACAUGGCAAGCACUUGGAAGCAAAGCUUCCGAAGUAGGUUUAUUGGGGACAGUCAAUAAAAUGGUUAAAGAAGGUGGGGUAACAGCAUUAUGGCGUGGAAAUGGUGUUAACUGUUUAAAGAUUGCUCCAGAAUCAGCAAUUAAAUUUCAGGCUUAUGAAGUUUACAAGUGCUGGCUAAAUGAAUCAUUUGGUAGUAAUCCAGAUGGAAGUCUUCAAUUACAUACUAAAUUCUUAGCCGGUUCAUUGGCUGGUGCAACUUCCCAAAGUAUUAUAUAUCCUAUGGAGGUAUUGAAAACACGAAUGUGUUUACGCAAAAGUGGACAGUACUCGUCAAUAUUUGACUGUGCUCGAAAGUUAUAUCACAGUAAUGGUAUUACUAUAUUCUAUCGUGGCUAUGUGCCUAAUAUACUGGGUAUUCUACCGUAUGCUGGAAUAGAAUUGGCUAUGUUUGAAACAUUUAAACAAUCAUAUUCUAAAGCAUUUUUAUCAAAGGAUGAGAAGUCUCGAAAUAUACCUCCACCAGUUUAUGUUUCUGUUGUAGCCGGUGCUCUCUCAUCAUUAUGUGGUCAGUUAGGCACCUAUCCAUUGGCAUUGGUCCGGACAAAACUUCAGGCACAGUCAUCUUCAGAAAAAACUGGAUUAUUAAAGAUUGUCAAAAAUAUUGUGGAACAUGAAGGGGUGCCAGGUUUAUUUAGAGGAUUAGGACCAAAUAUUCUUAAAGUUCUACCGGCUGUUAGUGUUUCUUAUGCAUGUUACGAUCAAAUUAAAGCAUUUCUACAUGUUUCGAAAUAGAUCUCUAUUCUAUUUUAUUUGGCUGUAUAUUAGAUCCUGACCAUCCAUAAAAUAUAUUCGGAUUUCCGAAAACUUAUUUAUGUUAACUGUUUAAUUACUGGAUGCAAUUGCUCUUAUUUUUUUCUAAGAAUUCAUCUGUUUAUGUUUUAUAAGGAGAAAAAAAAGCUAAUUAAAUGUAAUAGACCAUAUUUUAUUUUUGAGUGAUCUAUACUUUAUCUUCUUUUAAUUUGAUGUUAUUGUUUCAAUAUUGAGAUUUCAAAUGAGCUUUGUGUUCUAUUUUAAUCCAUCAUUAUCAUCAUCUUUCUGAAUGUUUUUCUUUUCAUCAGUGACAAGCAAUGGAUAUAUUUUAUAUACACAAAUAUAGUAGUUUUCUGGCACUUACACAUUUACUUUUUUCUACGAUGUAUCAUUUUUCUUUUUCUCUACUGACGUUCAUCAUUUACUUCUGCAAUUGAUUUUUAAUAUAUCGCAUACAUCUUUAAGAUCACUCUUGUCAGCAUAAUGGAUUAUUUCAUAUAAAAUGUUCUUUUUGUUGUUGCUUAAAUCCGGAUAUUGAAUACACUUUUUAUAAUCUUUCCUACUUUAUAUAUCAUUCUAUAUAAAUCAAUUAGUUAUUUGGUUUUUACAGCUUUAAAAUGGAACAGAAGGACUAAAUCAAGAUAAAUUCUCAUUUUCAUAUGAUUACCUGAAUAGUUUUUCUAAUUUUUCAUCAUUUAGAGAUGUUGUCUCAUCACUGCUUUUAUUUACUUAUCAUUCUGAAGCCAUAAUGAGGUGGUGACUUUUGGUUUAAAACUCAGCUUUCAAUCAUAGUGUCGGCAUUUCAAUCGCCCCAACUGAUUGGCAUCACUAGCUGUUACACAAUGUAUGGUUCGAAGGCAAAUACAUAAAUAUAUAUGUGGUGAAUUAGUUACUGUUUCAUAUGUGGAUUUCUUCAUUCACACAGUGGUGUGUUUUAAUAAUAAUUAUUCAUAUUACUCCUAUAUUGUAUCUACUUCACUAUUAGGAACAACGACUGAAACAGUUUUGAAUUUCUUUUGGUAAUAUUUUAACCCAACUUUCUCAGACGGUAGUCAUAUCCUGAAAUUUUAACUAAGGGUUAAAACAGUUUCAUGCAAUGAAGUUGUACCACACUGUGUAAACAAACUCAGAAAUCCAAGAGUACAAAGUAAGAAGGUAAUUUAAAAAUGAAACUGAUAUUGUAAAUCCCAAACAGUUGGACCGGUAAAUAUAAGUUCAAAGUUGCUAAUUGCAGCUGUUAAUAUGACAUCAGAGAGAAAUGAAUGGCUUACUGAUUCAGCAAAUGGACAUGAAUCAGAGGUAAAGGUGUUUAAGUCAAUCUUUAAAGAUAACCUUGCAAGAUUAUUUCCUUAAUGGUUUAUCAAAUGAACAAUUUAUAGCUUCUUAUUUAUCAGAUAUCUUAUUGUAUCAUUCAUCUCAAGUCCUGUUUAGUCACUGACUUGUUUUUAUUUCACUAUUCAUAAUAGUGACCUCGUUUUCAGUGAUGUCAAGCUUUUUCUUAUUGAAUAACUAUUAGUCUUUUCUGUAUUCUUAUGGAUUUAAUAAAUUUAUCAGUCAAGGAUCUAUUUUUUGUUUCUUACUAACU